CAGACCGGGCAACAGAGUGAGACUCCAUCUCAAAAUAAAACAAAUAAAUAAAUAAAAAUAAAAAAGAAAGGAAAAAAAGAACUAAAGUUUUCAAUAUGAGUCCUAACAUCUCCCUCCAGAAACUACAAAAAGAAUUGUGAUGGUUUAUUUAAUCUUUUGUAAAUGAUUUCUUCUUAAAUACUCAGCAAUGGUGCAAAGAAGAUUGUUCAAUUUAUAAUUCAAAUGUUAUUUGCCUGGGAAAUAUAUUAUCCAGAAAUUGACUUAGUAAUCAACAGGUUUUAAAAAACCUACAAAAGUAGAAACACAAAAUGUAGACACAUUUAAAGUGAGUCAAGUACUAUUAUAUUAUUUUAACUUUAAAAUGAUGACUCCUGUGGUAAGUGAUUGCCUAAGUUAUAAUGAGUUCAACAAGUUUGUUCUUGUGUGAUUUCUAAUACCACGUUUAUAUUCGAAUAGUGAAAUGGCUCCUUUCUGGUAAAUCUAAUUUGCUGGGUGGACAUGAUGCAAAAGAUAACCUAUCUUGACUUGAAUAUGUUUUUAGGGUUUUGAGGUUUCAAGUUUCAAGAAAAUACAAGCAAUUGAAAUUCCAGGCAGAAAGACUCAAUGCCUCAGGAAGAUAUAUUUAUAAAUUAUUUAUAGUAAUUUGGGGCAAGUGAAAAUUUCUGUAGUUGUAAAAUAUAGUAGCUGUAAUGACAUAUUUUGGCCUUUAAAGUGCCACUUUAAUAAUUACAACUAGAUGAACAUUGAGAAAUAAUUUGAAUGUCGUCUUAACUUGGAAUCUUUCUAUUCAUUGGAUGUAUCCAAACUAAAUGUCAUCUUAAUUUUCUCUUAAUGGAGAAUUUUAAUAUUAUUAUUAUUGCUAUUAUCAUUAUGUUGGUACUUUACUGGUUCUCUGUAGCUUAAUCAUCGGGAUGCAGAUUUAAGCAUUGUUGUUUCUGGAACAUGGUAGCCCAUUUCAUUUACUCAGGAAAAUGUUAAAUAGCAGGAUGACAGAAAGGUGAAUGUUAUACUAUUACAAAUAAUUUUAUUUACAGCACUUAUCAUAGUAAAACUAAGAAACAAACACUAAAAUGGAAUAUGAAAUGUCUGUGUUUUCACAAAUUUAACUGUUAUCUGCAACUAAAUUAACAAGUUAUCUUGAUUUGAAAUAGAACUCAUAGUCUGUAAUGAAAGGUGGUAUAACCAACUACAGUUUCAGGGAUAUUUCUUUUAGAAACAGGUUAUGCUGCUUCCUAAUUUGCAGUUAUGUUUGUUGAACUCCCGUAUAGGUUUCUAGCCUUGUUGGAGCUGGUAUAGUUCUCUUCACACCAAUGGGAGCCUUUCCUGAAAUCACAUUUUGUUUUUGUUGUUUUAAGUACUUUUACAUACAUGAUUAUGCCCACAGGUAACAGGAAACCAAUGUUUCAAAAGAAAAGUUGAUUGCAUUGCUAGAUAAUACAGGUAUCCUAAACAAGUGCGUGAGCGCCCAGAGGCUUUCUGCUGCUGCCAGAAGUACAUAUUUUUUUGAUUGGUAAGAACUGCCAGAUGACGCUUCAUGAAAUAUAAAUGCCACAAAGACUCAGAGCUCAAUAAAAACCUUCCACUCAUCAGUCUAGAAGGAUAAGAGAAGGAAAGUUAAGCAACUACAGGAAAUGGCUUUGGAAGUUCCAAUAUCAGUCUAUCUUUUAUUCAACGCAAUGACAGCACUGACUGAAGAGGCAGCCGUGACUGUAACACCUCCAAUCACAGCCCAGCAAGGUAACUGGACAGUUAACAAAACAGAAGCUGACAACGUAGAAGGACCCAUAGCCUUGAAGUUCUCACACCUUUGCCUGGAAGAUCAUAACAGUUACUGCAUCAAUGGUGCUUGUGCAUUCCACCAUGAGCUAGAGAAAGCCAUCUGCAGGUGUUUUACUGGUUAUACUGGAGAAAGGUGUGAGCACUUGACUUUAACUUCAUAUGCUGUGGAUUCUUAUGAAAAAUACAUUGCAAUUGGGAUUGGUGUUGGAUUACUAUUAAGUGGUUUUCUUGUUAUUUUUUACUGCUAUAUAAGAAAAAGGUGUCUAAAAUUGAAAUCACCUUACAAUGUCUGUUCUGGAGAAAGACGACCGCUGUGAGGCCUUUGUAAAGAAUUUUCAUCAAGGCAUCUGUAGAGAUCAGUGAGCUCAAAAUUGAAGUUUUCACAUGAAACAACAAAACUUGUCAAGCUGACUAGACUCGAAAGUAAUGAAAGUUGGGAUCACGAUGAAAUGAGAAGAUAAACUUCAGCGUUGGCCUUUAGACUUUGCCAUCCUUAAGGAGUGAUGGAAGCCAAGUGAACAAGCUGCAGUGACAGAAGUCAAGUUCAUAGUUUCACUCUGGGUUUUUGUUGUUGUGUGGUUAUUAUUCUCACUACAGAAAGACUGAGUUUCAUGCCCCUGGCUGUGUCAGAUGUGAAUUUUCAUGGGAAUAAUAAUCAACUUUGCAGCAAGCCAAAGCAAUGCCUUGCUUGGGUUCUUCAUGUUCUUACUACCCAGCAUUUUUUACCACCUAGAUGGACCUAAUUCUAUUUGCUCAAUGAACCGUAUCCCAAACUUGUUGUUUUCAUGGUGUCUAAAAGAAUGUGAUGUCAGCUUUUAGAAUGAAAUCAGUGUUAAGGUACCUCCAGUGAACCAAAUAUGUGUCUUAAAUCUAAGCAACUGAAAACAGAAUGGAAAGUCCAAGGCAAAUACAAAUCAUACACAGCUUGUAACAACAUACAGCCUUUAUAUGUUAAAUAUGGAAUAAACUAGAGUUUCUGAAGACUGAAGCUAUCUGGAUAUCAAGUCUGGAGUAGGCAAAGCAUUUCCAUUUCUACAUGGAUUAUAAAAUUUUGUGUUGGAUUCACUGGUCCCUAAUGCUUUUGUUCAUCACUUCCUCCAGUUAUCAGUGGAAUUACCCAUUGAUCAUUCAUUUGGACCGAGAUCCUAGAACUCUCCUACUGAAUAAAAGUCUACAAUUGGCCCUAAAAUAGAAACUGAAAACCGGAUAUAGAAUUUUUUCACCAGACCACAGCAUGUGGAAACUUUCUUUAUAAUUUUUGAACACUUGUUAACAGAUUUGCACAUAAGAGGGAGAGGAAAAAAAAAUGGAGUAACAGUCAAAAUAAUAAGAAUCAGUAUCCAGGCCAAGCGCGGUGGUUCACACCUGUAAUCCCAGCACUUUCGGAGGCUGAGGCAGAUGGAUCACCUGAGGUCAAGAGUUUGAGACGAGCCUGGCUGGUAAAACUCCAUCUCUACUAAAAAUACAAAAAUUAGCUGGGCGUGGUGGCGCAUGCCUGUAAUCCCAGCUACUCUGGAGGCUAACACAAGAGAAUCGCUUGAACCUGGGAGGCAGAGGUUGUAGUAAGCCAAGAUGGCCACCCUGCGCUCCAACCUGGGCGACAAGAACGAAACUCCAUCUGGAAAAAAAAAAAAUCAGUAUCCUUCCUCUUAGUUAUAUUUCUACCACUUAAUUCAAACAGUCAUAUGCAGGUUGCUUAAUUUAUUUGGGCUUUGGUUUCAUUUUCUACAAGGCCCUGGUAGCUCUAAAACUUGAUAGUGGAAUAAGGAAAUGUUUUUCCAAAUGUGCAUUGCCGGUGAGAUCCUCAACAUCAGCAUGUUGAGAUGAACCUCAACCCCACUCUAACCCUGAAACACAUCACUCGAUAUUAUCUAAGGUGUAUAUUUUAGUGUUUAGUUUGUGAAAUAAUUUAUUUUUGAAGGAAAUAUAAAAUAUUAAAGAGUAAUAAUAGCUAUCAUUUUUUAAGAUUCAAUCUAAAACAAUAGACUCUUUUUUUUUUUCCAUUUGUGAUGUAGAUAAGCAAGACAAUUUUGAUCAUGAGUGGUAAAAAGAGGAUCAAACUUGACUAUUCUUGCAAUGGCAGUCCAGCAACAAGCCUUUCAUUUACAUUAAAUUAUAACUUUUCAUUCAUUCCUAAACCAAACUUAAAAUUCUGCUUCCCUUUCUGUAGAAGGUAUUUAACUUGUUUUGUUUUCUCUUCAGAAGGAAUUUAAUGCAAAUGGACUGCAGUCAGCACUUUCUGAAUGUUUUCACACAGUAUGCAAAGCUUACAUCAUACCAAGGAGUGGAGAAUUGAAGUUUCCUCCCAAUGACUCCAGUGACAGACCACACCUAGAAAGCAAUUCUCUUCCUGAGUAUUUCAAAAAGAUGUAAAAUAGCUGGGGAGAGUAUGGGAAGAAAUAAUACAGGAUUGCCUUUAAUUAAUUAAGAACUGCCUCCUGAUAAAAGGAGAAAGAAAUUAAUGCUGGAGUCUGGAGGGGUGAUAACUUUAAAGAUUAUAAAUACUUGUUGUCUGUAAAUACUUAUAAAUUACAAACACAAUAUAAUUAAAAUUAGAACAUCAGGAAGAUAAUUAAAAUCCUCAGAUUGCAAAACCAAAAUGUUAACCAAAACAAAUAGAGAUUCAACUUUUUUCACCUAUAGAAUAGUACUUACUAACAACAUAAAAUCUACCUGUGAGAUUGUGUAGAAACUCAGAGUGUGGCUUAUGAUAACCGUCUGUUUAUGAUAUUUCAUAUAAAACAAUCUUGUGAUCCUGUAGUUCCUAGCAUUAAUUUUGUAGGAAGGCAUUUCUGACAUUCCUAUGGAGCUAGAGCCACAUCUGGCAAUAUUUAAGUACCUAAGCAGAACUUAAGUGGGAAAAUGCAUAAGUAUAAGAUAUUUGGAAAUUGUUUCAUUUUUUUUCUAUAUGCAAGAAGACCCUAAAAAGAGCCUUUCAGUAAAGUUUGUGCUUCAGAACU